AUGGCCCAUCACUGCGGCCGCUGGGGAAAUAAAACGGGUUUCGGCGCCGUGCCUGGACCGUGCCGGGCACCGCCGGCAGCAAAGAGAGCCCGGUGCGGCCUUCGGGGCUUCGGACUGACCGACGGCGGGGACUGGUGGCUCCAAAAACACCUGCGCCUGCAAGAAGGAACUGGGAUCCUGUCAUCGCAGCCAGAAGAAAAUCCCCACUGGUGGAAUGCAAACAUGGUAUUCAUCCCUUAUUGCUCAAGUGAUGUUUGGAGCGGUGCCUCUUCCAAGUCUGAGAAAAAUGAAUAUGCCUUCAUGGGAGCACUGAUCAUUCAGGAGGUUAUAAAGGAGCUGGUGGGAAAAGGUCUUAGCACUGCAAAAGUGUUGCUGCUAGCAGGGAGCAGUGCGGGAGGGACAGGAGUGCUCCUGAACGUGGACCGAGUGGCAGAGCAGCUGGAGGAGAUGGGGUAUCAGGGGAUCCAGGUUCGAGGAUUGGCAGACUCCGGAUGGUUCCUGGAUAACAAACAGUACCGCAGAACCGACUGUAUUGACACCAUAACGUGUGCUCCCACAGAAGCCAUCAGAAGAGGAAUAAGGUAUUGGAAUGGUAUUGUUCCCGAACGCUGUAAGCUGCAGUUUAAAGAGGGAGAGGAAUGGAAUUGCUUUUUUGGAUAUAAGAUUUACCCCACUCUUCGAUGCCCAGUCUUUGUUGUCCAGUGGCUCUUUGAUGAGGCCCAGCUUACCGUGGACAAUGUACACCUCACUGGCCAGCCUGUUCAGGAGGGGCAGUGGCUCUACAUCCAGAACCUGGGUAGGGAGUUGAGAAACACCUUGAAGGAUGUGACCGCUAGCUUUGCUCCUGCCUGUUUGUCUCAUGAGAUCAUUACGCGCAAUCACUGGACAGACAUCCAGGUGAAGGGGACAUCGUUACCCCGUGCUCUGCACUGUUGGGAUCGGAGCCUACACGAGAGCAACAAAAAUGGGAAGGCCCCUCUGAAAGGCUGCCCAAUUCACCUGAUUGACAGCUGUCCGUGGCCUCACUGCAACCCCUCGUGCCCCACUAUCAGGGACCAGUUCACAGGGCAGGAGAUGAAUGUCAUCCAGUUCCUCAUGCACAUGGGUUUUGAUGUUCAGAAGAUGGCACAGCAACAGGGCCUGGAGCCCAGUAAACUUCUGGGGAUGCUCAGCAGUGGUAACUAGGAAGGGGGCUUCAGAGGGGCCGAGCGAUUAGAUCUGGAGGAGACUCCGAGCCCUUCUCCCACACUUCCUAAUCUUCUUCUGUACGCUCAUGCAGGCAGAUGCACGCUCACACCCAUGCAUGCUCAAACCUGUACACACCCACGUGCUCCCACACUCUUGCACACCUAGGAUGUGUCAAGAGGAAAAAAAAAAAAGGCAGUUUCUUGCUUACACUAUUUGACUGGAACUCGUUUUCUCCAAACUCCACAGAGCUCAUUUUUGGCCAUUCACAUCCUGUGUUACACAAGGCAAUCUGAUACAGGGAGCAGCAAAGCCGUAAAUAGCAGCAGUGAGAACCUUCCCCAGAUCUAGGACUUCUUCCCUUGCCAUGAAUUUCACAUCAUAGACUUGAUACAAGUGGUGAAAAAAGCAAGCACUGGAUUUCUUUUGUCCAACUAGAAGUGAAGGAACGAUUAUGACUUCCUGGAGGUCAGCAUCUCAUGAUGAGUCACAGCAUAUAAACCCAGGACACGUGCUAGGGAUGGACACUCUUGUACUCAAUUUACUUUCGUAUUAUUUUAUAAAAUGACUUUUUUAUUACUUUUUUUUAAACUAAGCAAGAAAUAUAAAUGAUAUUGUUUUGUAACAUAUUUUUUUUAAAUAACGAAGAAACCUCUUGCUACUUUGGCAACGUGGACAUAUUUAUUUUAAUAUGUAAAACGCUAUUUAUAAGGGCUGACCAGAGAACCGUACAUAUGUCUUUGUAAAGUUGUAUAUGCUGCUCAUUUGGAUGGGUUAUCCUUGUGAUCACUUGUGCCUGGGAGAGGGCUGAGGGUGGUAUUGACGUUUUGUAAUAAUUAGACUUCUGUGUUCCCCUUGCA